CUUUGAUCAAUGUUCAUAUUUUUUGCUCUUCUUUUUUCCCGCCUCUUUGCCUUUUUCAUUAAUUCAAAUUUUUGAAAUUCGAAUUCUUUUUAAAUUUUCAAAUGAGUGAGUGCAAUGAGAGCAGCACAGGUGAGCUUCAUGAGCUUUCCGAGCUUGGUGUCCAGGUCAUGGACCAAAGUGCACUCGAGCAGACCGUGCAGAACCAGGCCAGGCGCGACAUGGCCUCAAACGAACUAGAAGUACAGCAAAAGCGCUUACUACGCUCACAAAUAGCUCUGGACAAGAAAAAUGAGAUGUUACGAAGAACCCGCGACACAAUAUCCAAAACAGCACCGACAACCGUGCGGUACCAGAGCGCCAUGGACAAGGCAGGGCGGCUAGAGGAUGAGAUAUCUCAGGUUAAAGCCGACGUGGCGGAAAUCGAGGAGCACAUUCGGCAGAUACAAACAGGGGCGGAGGAGCUGGCGGUCUGUGGUGGUGUCAGUAUUGGACAUGGGCUGUUGGACGAUGAGCGCGCGUCUGGGCAACCCAGCGUUACACAUGAUGGCCUGGUGAGGUUGCUUGUUCCCAAGCGGAGGGCGGCUAUUGCCGCUGAGCAAAAGCGACAGGUCAGUUUCCAAGAAGACAUUGAUGUCGAGUCGGAUACUGAGUCGGAUUCAUACAUGCCGCCGCCACUGCCGCCUCCUCCUCCUCCUGCAUCUUCUGGAGACACCAAGAAGAGUGGAGGGCGCGAUGAUCAGCGCGGCAAAGCCAAGCGCAAAUUAUUGGACUCAGAAUCUGAGGACGCGAGCUAUAACGAAGGGUCGGAUGAUCAAGACGACGUAGUGGAUAUAGAAGAAUUGGCCACAGACGACGAGCUGGGAACCACAGGCAGUAUUGUGAUCGGGAGACCACGGCCCAACGAAGCAGACACCUUUGACGAUGGAAACGAGCUAUUGUACCAACAGCGCAUCCUUGGCUGGUGUGUUUCGCGCUGGCGUGCGCGGCAGGUGGCCGAAGGCAAUGUCAUGGCAUCCACGGCGGACAUCCCAGAAGAUCUGGCAGCAUACAUUGAGGUUGACGGUCAGCACAUUCCGCGAGCACAGAUGUUGGAGGAGCCAUUUCUUGAUGAUCCUGACACACCCGACUACAAAAUAAAAGCACACGAUCGGGGAAAGCCCUCGCUGCGAGUGCCGCGGCAAAUCUGGGACAAGCUCCUCGAGUACCAAAAGGCCGCCCUGCGAUGGAUGUUCACUCUACACCAGCAGAAUGCCGGUGGCAUUCUUGGUGACGAGAUGGGUUUGGGAAAGACUGUCCAGGUAGCUGCAUUUCUGGCCUCGAUGUACCACUCACACUUACUCAGCCAGCCGUCCAUCGUCGUGUGCCCGGCCACUCUCAUGCGGCAGUGGGUGCGCGAGUUCCACACGUGGUGGCCGAUGCUGCGUGUGGUCAUCCUGCAUAGCACCGGGUAUGCCAUGCGGGUUGGCGGGUUGGCGGCAGACGAGGGGAUCUUUGGCCAAGAGGGCGACAACCCCGGGGAUCUGGGCCACAGUCUAACCAGCAAUCUGCCAGCCAACACAGAGACCGCGAUCUGGGACGCCGCACGGGAGGCCAAUCCGCGGUUUGCCAGCAGAAUCGUCGAUGACUCUGACGAGUUUCAGUUAAACUACGAUAGCACGGACGAUUACGAGUAUGAUGCAUAUGGAUCGCGCAUCCGUCGCAAACGCCGUCCGCGCGGGUACGUCGAUUGGAAGAAGAAGCAGCAGCAGCAGGGGAAAAAGAAAAAAGUCAGGCAUACGGGCAUGAGCCAGGCAUCGACAGCGAGUUUGCGACAUGCUGGGGCGCUAGUCGACCACGUGCAGCGACACGGCCACAUUGUGAUUGUGACAUAUUCGGGCUUACAGGUAUACCAGAAGGCACUGCUCGGGCGCCAGUGGGGGUACGCAGUGCUCGACGAGGGCCAUAUGAUUCGCAACCCAGACGCAGAGGCCACGUUAGCGUGCAAGAGGCUGGACACCAGACACCGGAUUCUGGUUACUGGCACGCCCAUCCAAAAUGGGCUUACAGAGCUGUGGUCGCUUUUUGACUUUAUAUUCCCGGGCCGCCUGGGCACUCUGCCCGUAUUCAACAACCAGUUCACUGUGCCCAUUACUGUCGGCGGCUACGCCAGCGCCAGCGCUCUACAGGUGCGGGCCGCUUACCGCUGCGCCUGCAUCCUGCGCGACCUCAUCGAUCCGUACCUUCUACGCCGUCUCAAGGCUGAUGUUGCUCGGGACCUGCCGCACAAGACAGAGCAGGUUUUGUUCUGCCGGCUGACGCCCAUGCAGCGCAGCGCGUACAAGUCAUUCUUGACCAGCGGAGACAUGGAGCGCAUUUUGUUGGGAAAGCUGCAAAUGCUCUUUGGCGUCGACGUGGCUCGCAAGAUUUGUGAUCACCCCGAUCUGCUUCUGCUGUCGACUAUGCCGAGCGCGCACAGGACGCACAAUAUGGCCAGUGCCGUCCACGCGGCGCCCCAGACAGCAAUAUCCAGCAACGGAAAUGAGGCUGACAAUGGCGCUGAUGCUAGUGGAACCACGGGGGCUCUCCCACCGGACUAUGGAGACUGGAGGAAGAGCGGCAAGCUUACCAUUGUGCGGGCGCUGCUGCAGAUGUGGAAGCCCCGCGGGCACAAGGUGCUGAUUUUCUGCCAGACCCGCCAGAUGCUCGACAUUAUCGAGCGCAUGGUUUCGGCGAUGCCCAACAUAAAUUAUCGCCGGAUGGACGGGAAAACACCUGUACAGAACCGCACGGCCCUUGUCGACGAGUAUAACCGCGACAAGCACAUUUUUGUUUUCUUGCUAACCACCCGCGUUGGCGGUCUGGGCAUCAACCUGACGGGUGCAGACCGCGUGAUUCUUUACUCACCCGAUUGGAACCCGAGCAGUGAUAUGCAGGCCCGAGAGCGCGCCUGGCGCCUGGGACAGACCAGAGACGUUGCGAUUUACCGACUGAUGACCGCCGGCACCAUCGAGGAAAAGAUUUAUAAUCGCCAGAUAUACAAGCAGUUUUUGUCUAACAAGAUUCUGUCGGACCCGAAGCAGAAGCGCUUUUUCCAUUCGCAGACCCUGCAGGAUCUGUUCUCACUCGCAGGCUUUAAUGAUGGUGGUCCAGAUGAAGACGAAAAUCAGGAUGCAGGAAAUCCCGCUUUGUCGUCUGCUGUCAGUGCCUCCGGGACGACAGGUAGUGCCCGGAUUAACAGCACAAUGACGGGUCGGAUGUUUGCCGAUGCGCAACUGUUUCCAAAACCUGACAGCGACGACGACGAAGCCGGCAACAACAAUGCUGAUCCUUCUGCUUCUGCUUCCAAAGAGAGCAUUUCUGUCGAUGGUGAUGGCGCCAAUGCCAUCGACUCAAUUGUCGGCGUGGAGCGCCUGGAGGAGUACAGGCCUGCCAGUGAAACCGAUGCUGAGGAUAAUGCUACCAGUGCGGCUGAUGGUACGAGUGGUAGAGGUAGCGGAGAAUCGAGUAAACGGACUCCAGAGAAAGAUAAGACUUAUGCGACCAGUGGUGAGGACCGCGUUUUGCAAAGCUUGUUUAAAAUGUCCGGCGUUGUGCACAGCGCCCUGAAGCAUGACGCCAUCGUCAAUAGCAGCAGCAGGGACGACGAGGACGUUCAUGCUAUUGAGCAGCAGGCUGAUCGUAUUGCUCAUGAAGCGCGCAUGGCGCUGCGUGAGUCUCAGCGCUCGCGACGCCAGGUGGAUGUCCGUGUGCCAACAUGGACGGGAUCUUCGGGCCAGGCCGGCAUCCCGACAGCGAACGAUCAAACUCCCGGCGCUGGUCGCGUGGCGCCUCCGCCAAGUGCAAUCCUCGGAACCAGGCUACCGCCAAAGGCCCAGGAGCUGCAGAGGCAGCAAGAGCAGGGGCGGCUGUUGGGACUUCAUGCCUUAGGAAAAUCACGUUAUGGUCCGCCGCCACCACCAGCGGCUUCUUCUUCGCGAGCGAACUUAACUCAAGACAGUCUAAUUUACAACUCUGACUUGACGCGCAGGGCGGUGCUUGAUCGAGCACUACCAUCAUCCAAUAUUGUAGCUUCCCUGAGCAUGAGUCACUCGCAGACUCCAAAGUUUGGCAGCCAUCUGGUUGCUGGCAUGCAUCGCGCAAACGGAAGUAGCAGCAGCUCUGUAAUGUCGUCAGCGGGCUUGCUGGCAGGGCUGAAGGCCAGAUCGGUGGGCGCCGUGGGCGCAACGACUGCAACGACAUCCAGCCCACAAUUCCUGAGCGGUCGAAUCUCGCGCCCGACUGAUUCCACGGAUGGCUCACGCAAUUUUGGCGCAGCGGCCAGAUCACCGAAUCUGAGCAAUGUUCAAUCACGGCCACACGGCACCCGCCCACUUUUACCUCCUGGUAACACUGGCAGUGGCCGUGGCUUGCUCGCUGACUCUGCUGUUGCUGCCACCUCAUCAACUGCGCCGCGGAUGGCCCGACCAGCUGCGUUGAGCGACAGCGACAAGGCUAUUGUCGAGCGCAUCCGUAGCACAUUAAUUCAAAGUGGAGGCGAAAUGACCAACAAGUCGCUUGUUGAUGCCUUCCGGUCAGAGUUUUCUCUUACGGGGCUUCCAAAGCUGAGACAGCUUGCAGAGACAAUAGCUGAUUUAGAGUCACGCCAGCCGACCACCAGCAGUAAGGCUAGCCAAAUUGGAAUCGGGCGCGUUGUACAAAAGAUGUGGAAGCUCAGAGACAAGCGAUAGAUUUUAUAUUAUUUAUUCUAGAAUAUUUUGGAUACAUUUUCGUUGUCAUAAAUUGGGCGUCACAAGCAGCAGCAUGUUGGCACAACACAUGCAAUGCUGCAAGC